GCGUCUCUCCCCCCCGGCCUCCCCAACGCCACGUUCACCAGGCUUUGACCCGCUGCAGCAUCAUGACUUCCACCGACAUCCACCGAGACACCGCGGAGGAGCUGGAACAGCCGGAGAAGCCGGAGAGUACCGAGGCCGUCGUCGUAGCGGGGAGAGACGGGGUGCUUCGCUCGAUGCUUCGCGGCCUCUUGUGGCCCUUCGGCCUCCUGGUGCGUGCAUACCGCGGGGUUUGGUGGGCGCUGGGCUUCCGUCGGCCUGCGGAGAGCGAAGUAGCAGUCGUCGUCGUCGCCGACGCCGCCGGCCCCCCCGCCGGCCCCCCCGCGGUCUCCAGCCCCGCACGACAGAGCCUCGCCGGCCGCAAGCGUCUGCACCGGGCCACCCGCAUGCUGCUGUCCGUGCUGCCCCGCUGGGUGCAGGGCGCCCUGGGCUACCCGGUGUCCAGCAGCAUCGGGUGCUCCCUCUCCCCGGAAAUUCGUUACUCUCCUACUAAACCUUGUGGAAAGGGCAGCAAGCGAAAGCAGGAUGAGUUGUAUGAUGAUGACGACGAUGAUGAUGAGGAAGAGGAGAAUCAGACCUGGGUGGAGGCGCUCAAUCUGGAGUAUGCUGACGACGACGACGCUGCCGAGGAUGAUCCCAACUAUGAGCCCAGCACUGUCGAGACUGAGAGUGAAGAGUACUGCUCGCACAACAGCACAGAAAGCGACAUCGAGCUUGAGGGGAAAUGCGUUGUCAUCGAAGACGUGGACACGGGCAUUGAGAUCUGUGAACCAUCGGAAGGCUCCGGCCCUGCUGUUGUGUCAUAGUGACUAAAUGUUGUGUUUCAAUGUUUUUGUAUUGUUAAUAUAUGCAAUAAAACUUGUCAUAGCUGUGGCCUCCCACUAGAUGGCAGUAGCUAUUUUUCUAUUCCACUUGAGACAACCCGUGUGAAUGAACGUUGACCUCAGUAUUUUGUACAAGGUUUGUUGAAAUGCAGCAAAUGACUCAACAUUUUAAAACCUGUUUAUUUACAAAUACUUUUUCAGAUCACCGAACUCGAUGCUUGUUUUUAGGUUGCUCCGUUUCUGCAGCUUGAUCCAGCCUGUGAUUUACUAAUAAAUGUUACACUGAAACUUA